AUGCCCGAGAAGAAGUCUUCGUCAAAGAAGCCGGCGAAAAAGAAGAGCGCCAGCGGCUCUGGCUCACUAAAGCAUGCCAUUCGCAAGUCGCGCAGCACUAACAAGGCAACCGCUUCGGUGUCCAAGACUACUAAAAGUCGUCAGGCAUCGGUGAAAAAGUCUAUCUCAAGAAAAGGACGCUCCUCAUCGGCGGCUCUCUCCAAAGCAAAGGUGCCAUUGAAGAACCCGCCGCCUAUCUACAAGAAAAGCUCACUGAAGAAGGUGGCCAAACAAAAGAAGGCAAAAGUGAGCGUCCAAAAGAAGACUCCCAAGGUGGUCAAGGGUCCCAAGUCGGCAAAGAGAGCUACUCAGCAGAAGAUUCAGUCAGAGGAGUCGGAUGAAAGCAUGAAGGUUUCUCGUCCUCGAUCGGCAGACAGCAAGAACAACAAACAGACAGCUCUGGAAGAGAACGCCGAUGAUGGAAAUACUUCGCUGAUUGGCCCAGAUGACUACCUUCAUCUGUAA